ACGUCAGGUCUGUUGCUGCAGGAUGAAGAUGGAGUUUGAGUAAAAUGAUUAUGUGACAGUGAAUGUGAGAAAUUUCAGUGAGCAGACAUGAAGAAAGUGUUUGUAACUGUCGGUACAACGAGCUUUGAUGAGCUCAUUGAAACUAUAACGUCCGCUGAAGCCGCUCAGGCUUUAAAGGCUCGAGGAUAUGAUUGUUUGGUUGUUCAGGUUGGAAGAGGAGCUCUUCUCCCAGAUGCCGACAGCUGUCCACACAUCAGACUGGAGGCUUUUCGAUAUAAAAACUCUCUAGCAGAGGACAUCAAGCAGGCUGACCUCAUCAUCAGCCAUGCAGGGGCAGGAAGCUGUUUGGAGGCUCUCGGUGCAGGCAAGCCUCUGCUGGUUGUUGUCAAUGACAAGCUAAUGAACAACCACCAACUGGAGCUGGCUAAACAGCUGCACAUCGACUCCCACUUGUUGUACUGCACAUGCAGCACUCUGACAGAGACACUGAGGACCAUGGACCUCUCUGUUCUCCGGCCCUUCUUACCUGGACAGCCGCAGAACUUUGCCAACUUUCUAGACAAAGCUCUCGGUAUUAAAUGAAACUUCAUUCUGCAUUCCGCUUAUUUUCUGUUACACUGAAGUGUGAUGAUUUGUACAGAAAUAUAUCAGAAAUGUUGUCAUAGAUUAUGACUGUAUAGUACACAACUGACACUGCUGGGUGUUUGAUAUUUUUAUAUGCAAUAAUAAUAUAUGUCUAAUUUCAAA